ACUCCACUCCCUCACCACCCCAGCCGGCCCUCUGCGGCUCUGCCCCUCUUCCAGUUCCAGGUCCCAGCCGGCCAGCCCUGUCCAGAUCCAGAUGGGAGCUCCACCGCUGCCCUUCUCCCUGCCCCACGCCGCGCUCCUCUGAUCCCGCACUCCGUCCCCGAAGUCCCCACUGCCGGCGCGAUCUCCGCAUUCCCCCACCCCACCGCCUUCGCCCCACCACCCGCUGAUGCCGGCCAUACAGGCCACUGCGCCGCCCGGAGUCCUGGCGUGAACAGCCGUCGCUGCAGCGCAGCCUGGAGUUCAGAGCACCCGCCUGUUCCCCGCUCCGCCCGCCGCCACCGUUCAUCAAAUAGCCCCUUCGCCUGCAGCGCAAAGCCGCCACCGCUGCCUCUCUCCACGGGACAGGGGACACGCUGCCGCCGGGAGGGAAGAACCCGACUACCGGGCUGAAGUUGCCGCACCCCUGCCGUCCGACGUACACAGGAGCAGCUCUUGGAGAAUCGGGAAGGAUUUGGGUCUCUUCGACUCCUAUCUGUCGAGAUACUAAAGUGGGAUAUACUACACUGGCCUGCUUGGACAGUACAAAUUUGUAAAUAUAUCUCUUGUUCUUCAGUUAUGGCCACUAUGGUUGAAGGGUGUGUUGGUCCCAGUGAGCUUCACCUGAAGAAGGAACUUAUUGCCUUGAGAAAGGCACGUUUUUUGCGUGAUCCUGAAACAUGCUCAUCCUGGAGGUCUCCGUUAAGCUCUAAAUCAUUCUUGACAACUUCUGGUGUUAUAAAUCACAAUGAGAUAGGCAGUAGUUUGUCAGAAAAGCACACAGAGCCAGCUGCAGCACCGCCAAAAAGUGAAAAGAAAAGAAAAAACGUUUAUCUCUACAACUGGAGACAUCAUUCUAACAAAUCCAGUGAAAGUGGAGUGAAGUUAGAUGCGGACGACAGACAAGCCUCAGCAGACUGUAGUCUGGAAAGCCCAUGUAUUUCUAAUGGUAUGGACUCUAGGAGUGACACAUGUCUGGAAGUUCCUGUCAGCAUAUACAGUGUUCAAGGUUCAAAUUCAUGCACUCCUGUUAAAAGAACUGUUAGAAGGGUGAGGAGAAGUUCAUUCUCAAAGAAAGGAGCUAUGAGAAAUUCGACUGUUUCAAAGUUGCUAGAUCUCCAUGUGAACUCUGGUGAGCAGUCUGAGGAUACUGAGAACUACAACUCAGAGACUCAUGAGCAGCUUCAGAAAGUAGGGUAUUUUUCUCGCUCUACAUCACCACUGUUUGCUGCAUCAGGGUGUUUUAGCUCAACAAAUCCUUCUAAGCUGUUGAGGGUGCCAAGAAGAGAAGGAUCUUCCUUCUCCUGUACUCCGGUCUCCACUAGCUCCUAUUACAGGUACAAAGGGAGGAAUCCUAGUACUGUAGGCUCAUGGGAUGGAACAACUGCUGCUUCACUUGAUGAUGAUGGGCUGAACCAACCAGAACUGUUGACAAAUCAGAGGUGUGGCAUUCCUUGUUAUUGGUCAAAGAGGAGUAAACACAAGGGAUCUGAAAGGAGUUGUUCUCCUUCACUUUCUGAUACACUUAGAAGAAAAGGCAGCAGUCUUUUGUGUGGGAGUCAGACAAUACAUGGGAGAAAGAAAUCAUCGGGCUCCAAUAAAUAUGGAUAUUUUAAAAAAUCUUCCCAAGGUGUACCGCUGUUGGGUGAUAGUAGUCAUUUUGCUUAUUCAUCAUUUGAUUCAGCUAGUGAUGAAGUAUCGACCAUCUUUGGAGAAUUAGAUCUGGAAGCUUUGAGCCGUUUGGAUGGCAGAAGGUGGUCAAGCUGUAAAAGCCAGGAUGGGAUUGCACUCUCUGUGAGUGGAGCUGAUCAUGUAGUUUCAGAUCACAGAAGUUUGAGCCAAAAAUAUCGACCAAGGUCAUUUCUCGAAAUUGUGGGUCAAAACUUUGUUGUACAGUCACUUAGUAAUGCAAUCGCAAGGGAAAGAAUAGCUCCGGCAUAUCUGUUCCAUGGGCCUCGUGGGACAGGAAAAACAUCUUCUGCAAGAAUACUUUCAGCAGCUUUAAGUUGUACUGCUACUGGAGAGACCAAGCCCUGUGGAGUUUGUACCGAGUGUAGUGACUUUUUCACUGGAAAUGGAAUUAAUCUGAUUGAGGUUGAUGCUACCAACAGAAAAGGUAUAAACAGAGUAAGGCAUUUGAUUGAAAAUAUACCAGCAUCUGCAACUUCUUCACGGUACAAAGUAUUUGUCGUUGAUGAAUGCCAUAUGGUAUCUUCUAAAGUCUGGUCGGCAUUUAUGAAGUUUCUUGAUGAACCAUUACCUCGUGUUGUCUUCAUAUUUAUAACAAUAGACCCUGAAAACCUUCCCCGUUCUGUUGUAUCACGUUGUCAAAAGUACAUGUUCUCCAAGAUCAAAGACAUUGACAUAGUAUGCCGGCUGAGGAAAAUUGCUAUGAAGGAAAACCUCGAUGUUGAAUUGGCUGCUCUAGAUUUAAUAGCGCUAAAUUCAGAUGGAUCGUUGAGAGAUGCAGAGACAAUGCUAGAUCAGUUGUGUUUACUAGGGAAGAAGAUAACACCAUCACUUGUAAAUGAUCUGGUUGGGGUUGUGUCUGAGGAGAAACUCCUUGACCUAUUGGAGAUAGCCAUGUCAUCAGACACUGCCGAAACAGUCAAAAGGUCGAGAGAGCUGAUGGAUUCUGGUGUUGAUCCAAUGGCAUUAAUGUCACAAUUAGCUGGGCUCAUAAUGGACAUCAUUGCUGGGACCUAUAGAUUGGCGGACCCUACUUGCGGUGGAGAUGGUAUCGGUGGUCGAAAUAUAACUGAUGCUGAAUUGGAAAGAUUACAACAAGCGUUGAGGAUUCUUUCUGAUGCUGAAAAACAAAUAAGACUUUCAAGCGAGCGUUCUACAUGGUUCACUGCUGCUUUACUCCAGCUUGGUUCUGGUCAUAAUUCAGAAAUAACUCAAUCAAGAAGCAGCAGUAAGCAAAGUGCUAAAGCAACUAGUGAAACCAUGAUGGAAGCAGUGAGAGAAUCCUCUGCGAGCAGGACUACAUCUCAUCAUUUAUCCACUUUUCCUGAUUCAAAGAAAAUAGUGGAUCUGAAAACAACCAGUGGGCACUCUAGUCCUCAGGGCCUUGCUUCAUUGUCCUCCAGGAUGAGACCCAAUGAAAACAUGAUUUAUGCCGAGUGUAGGUCUGUUGAUAGAGCAUUAUUGGAAUCUGCUCAAACAGGUAUUUCUUCUGAGCAAAAGGCUAUGAACUGUGGAAUCUCAGAUAACCUUACCCGAAUUUGGAGGAAGUGCAUAGAGAACUGCCACUCCAAGACGUUGCGGCAGCUUCUCUAUGAUCAUGGGAAACUAGCAUCUGUCAAAGAAUGUGAAGGUACCAUUGUUGCUUUUAUAGCAUUUGAAGACAACGAUAUAAAGUUUCGAGCCCAAAGAUUUAUUAGCAGCAUCAGAAAUUCAAUGGAAACUGUACUGAAGUGCAAUGUGGAAGUCAGGAUUUGUUUAAUGCAAGAAUUUCUUGCUGGAGGACUAAAGCAUGAGACAUACCCGGAUGAGACAGCUGAAUCUGAUGUCUUGAGUUGUUCAACGAACAGUGAGCGUCGAAAGGGUAGUCUCAAUCUAUCAGGUGCUGGUGCGGUGCAGUCAAGCAAUGUUCCCAUGAUCAUCUCUGAUGAAAAUUCAGGAAUGCAUAGAACAAGAGGGCAGGAUGUUUCUGUUGAACAGUUGAAGCUAUCAGCUCUUGAUGAACAAAGGUUAGAGAGUGCAUGGCUCCAGGCUGCUGAAAAACCCACUCCUGGUAUGUUAAGUCAAGCUAGACCUGAGAGAAAUCAAAUUCUUCCACAAAAUGGUGGUCAGCAUCACGGGAGGUCCUCAAUGGCCACCAUUGUUCCCUCAAAGCAUGUCGACAAGGAUCUGUCUAAUGAACUGAAAGCCUUAAAGAUCAGUGACAGUCAUGGUCCCCAUAAAGGUCAAAAUGUACAGAUGGAGAAUGGUUAUGCCAUUUCACCAAGCCUUUUGCAUAGAAAUAACCAUUUGGCAAAUUGUGACAAUGAGAGCGUGGUUUCUGAGUCGGGAGCACCUGGUUGCCAUGGACUCUUCCCAUGCUGGAAAACUGAAAAAACGAAAAGGAGAAAGGGAAAAGGGCAGACACGGUUGAGGUCAUCUUAAGUUGGCAAUUGACGACGAUAAAACGAGCAUUGUGGCCCUGGAUUGUAGAGGAACGUUUGAAGAGAUGCAUGUGCCUCACGAAACUGCCUUGCUUCAUUCUUUCUAGAGGAUUUAGGAAGACCAAUUCGUUAAUUUCCAUGCAAUCAAUUCUGCUGCUGAGGGUUCAGCAUUUUCAGCUCGUGGACUCAGCACAGGGUGAUAAAAGCUGGAUACUUCAUACUCAGCAGAGAUGUUGGACAUGCAGAUUUGAACAAGUCAUUCUGAUCCAUCUAUGCUUCUUGUACAGACAUUUGGAUGUGUAACCCCUUGCCGAGUCGCAGGGCUGAGGCGUGAGGCGGUCAGCGGAAUUAGGAAAUACUAUUGAUUAGCGAGUUGAUGGGACGCACUUAUUUUUCAGCAUUUUUUUUGGGUACUGUGUUUGAGAGCAGUUGAAUUUACUUUACAUUUGUUAUUGUACCAACACUUUUUGUUAGAAAAAGGAAGACCUUACGUCGAUAAGUUGUGAUUUUAUCAAGUAUGUACAAAAACUAUUAA